AUGACUGAAAUUCUUAACAUCGGAGGCGAGCCGGUCUUUGACGAUCGCAUCGUCAAGAUCGAGACUCACACGUACAACCCGUACGCCAACACAACGUUCGAGUAUAGCGACGAGAUACGAAUACCUAUACAACAGCAGGAUCUGUAUACGUUGCCGUGCGAAAGUUUUCUCUACGUCGAAGGAACAUUGACGGUGACCAGAGCAGCCGGCCAAGCCGAUAACGUGGUAUUGGGGAAUAAUUGCGUCACGUUCAUGUUCGAUGAAAUUCGAUACGAGCUCGACGGUGUGGAGAUUGAUCACUGCAGAAACGUAGGAAUAACCAGCACGCUCAAGAACUACGUUACGGUAUCGUCCGACAGAAGCGUGAUCCUGCGAAACGCAGGCUGGGAACCGCAUAAUAACGCGAACGGAUACUUCAAUUUCUGCGUACCGCUCAACCUGUUACUGGGAUUUUGCGAGGAUUACAAACGCGUGGUGAUCAACGCUCGUCACGAUUUAAUCUUGAUACGAUCGCGCACCGACAACAAUUGUCUGUUGGGAAGUCUCGCGUUCGAGCCUACUGUCAAACUACUCAAGAUACAGUGGCGAAUGCCUCACGUGGUAUUGAGCGAGGUCAACAAGCUGUCGAUGCUGCGCGCCUUGAAAAACGAACGAUAUCUAAGUAUGGGUUUCCGUUCGUGGGAUCUGUACGAGUAUCCCCUGUUGCAGAACACGACCAAGCACUCGUGGGCCAUUAAGACCGCGACUCAGCUCGAGAAACCGCGAUACGUCGUCUUCGCUCUGCAAACGGGUCGGAAGAACGUCAUGUCCGCGGACACGAGCCGAUUCGACGACUGCAAACUGACCAACGUGAAACUCUACCUAAACUCGGAAGUCUAUCCGUACGACGAUUUGAAUUUGGACUUUGGUAAACACAGAUGGGCGAUUCUGUACGAUAU